AUGGCCCGCAUUUUUUCAUUUGUCUUCUUCUUUUCUUGUUUAUCAUGUGUUUUUCUAGCUGUAGAGCUAACACACACGGCAGCCCUUCGUGUAGCUCCCAAGCCACAGCUGCUCUUUUCAGAUGAGGGCCCCGUGUCUGAUUCGGCCUCGCAGUUUGAUGCGGAACUUCAGGCGAAGGCGACUCAGGCAGCCGCAGAAGCGGAAGCAAGUGAAACGGACGAUAUUCCCUCAGACCGUAACACCCCGCCCACGAACAGCGAUCCCACCGAUCAACGAGAUGUACAAACCGACGCUGUUGAUAUUGAUGGGUUUCCGAGCCCAGUUGCCCCCCUCAGCGUCGAUUUAGAAGCUGAAAGGUUACAGGAGGAAGAGUUCAACAAAGAAGAAGAGGCACCCAACGACGUUCCAAGUCUCCUCGUCGGCCCGCCGCAAACUCCGGAACCCGUUUCCAUUCCCGCGACCUCACUGCUGCCCGCUGUACCGGGGGCUGUUACUGCUGUGUCUCCGCAAAACCCACUGGGAGCGCCUGAAGAGUCCCCUGCCACACCACGCGUUCCUCCUGUCCAAUCGUCACCAGCGAGGAGAGGGACAUUUGCUCGUCUCCCAAGGACGAGGACCAUCACUGUGAACGUCAGGCACUACUUCCCUCAAGGCGUGCCAAUCAUGGUUAUCAGGCGCCGGCGUCGUCCCAGUUUUCUCAUGAGGCGAUUCUAA